AUGAGGGUGACAGUUCAACUGGCCUACAAAGUCCCAGUCCUCGGUCCCCAGGACCGGCGUCUCCUCCAUGCUUCUCGCCGCCCCAGGCCGGCUUCCUCCCGGUCCGCGUGCGCUUUCACCUCCCAUCCCUACACCCGGGAAGAUGUGGCAAAGGGCUCGCACCGUGGGGUCUGUGCGCGGAUUCGGGAUCCCAGUGCCUGCGGGAGAAAUCGCGACACACUCGGAAGUUUGAGUUGGUCAUUGCGUGCUGUCGGCGCCCUCCCAGAGGAGCUGGAUCACCGCUGGGGGGACCUGAGGUUACAGGAAUUGACUGUUUGUUCAGAAGACAAUGUUGAUGUCCAUGAUAUAGAAUUGUUACAGUAUAUCAACGUAGAUUGUGCAAAAUUAAAACGACUCCUGAAGGAAACAGCAUUUAAAUUUAAAGCCCUAAAGAAGGUUGCACAGUUAGCAGUUAUAAAUAGCCUGGAAAAGGCCUUUUGGAACUGGGUAGAAAAUUAUCCAGAUGAGUUUACAAAGCUCUAUCAGAUUCCACAGACUGAUAUGGCUGAGUGUGCAGAGAAGCUGUUUGACUUGGUGGAUGGUUUUGCUGAAAGCACCAAACGUAAAGCAGCAGUUUGGCCACUGCAAAUUAUUCUCCUUAUUUUGUGUCCAGAAAUAAUCCAGGAUAUAUCCAAGGAUGUGGUUGAUGAAAACAAUAUGAAUAAGGAAUAG